CUCUCGCCGCCUCCUCCUGGCUCACCGCUGUUCGCUGGGCCUCGCGUCGCGCCCCGCCCGGGAAUAAGUCGGCCAGGAAGGCCCUGCUGCCGCCAUGGCAUUUAAAGAUACUGGCAAGGCACCUGUGGAGCAAGAGGUAGCAAUUCAUCGCAUUAGAAUUACUUUGACCAGCCGCAAUGUAAAAUCACUUGAGAAGGUCUGUGCUGACUUGAUCAGAGGUGCUAAGGAGAAAAACCUGAAGGUGAAAGGACCUGUGCGCAUGCCCACCAAGACUCUGCGAAUCACUACCAGGAAGACACCUUGUGGUGAAGGCUCCAAGACCUGGGAUCGUUUCCAAAUGCGGAUCCAUAAGCGACUCAUUGACUUGCACAGCCCUUCUGAGAUUGUGAAGCAGAUCACUUCCAUCAGCAUUGAGCCAGGAGUGGAAGUUGAAGUUACUAUUGCUGAUGCCUAAAUCGUAGUCAUCUACUUUGAAUAAAGCUGGCUUAAAAAUUUU